UUCCUUACGUUGUACCACCCUUUUAUCACACAGGAGGUGUCCUGCGUCAAUUCGCCCUCGAUAUUUAGGCGGCCGGGCUUCAAGCUGGAUCGCGCCGAACUAGUGGGCCGUGCCAAGAGUCUUCUCCUCCAAGCGGCUGGUCUCUCAAAUGAUCUCGGUCCGGACGCUCUGAUCUCUGAUGAGCUCGUCGCUGCCUGCGCCUGCCUACUCCUUCUCAUUGGGGUAUGUUAG